UUGCAGCAAAAGGGUUUGAAAGGUGUGCUCUUCAUUAGAAGAGUGAAGGACAACGACCAGAAAGAAGAAGAAUGAGAGGUUGGCCAGAGUUGGGAGUGGUGGAUACUAUCUAUGAAGAAGAACAAGAAGAUGAAGAAGGAGAAGGUGAAGAACAAGAUGGAUUCAAGUACUCACCUUGUAUCACCCCAUCUCCAACAAUCACACCUAGUCCCCCGGAAUCCUCUUCACCCCCACCUCUUGCUUCACUCCAGAGCAGAGUUGAAGCAUGGUCUCAGGCCACAGGAUGCAAGCCUGAUGCAGUCAUACAAGUACAUGACCAAAGUUUCCAUCUACACAAGGAUCAGAUCAUAUCAAGCAGUUGUUACCUCAAACGGCGGCUGACGGGAUCCUCCGACGUCAUCAUCGCGCCGCCGUUACCAGUGACGGCGGCAACCUUCGCCGAGAUCGCAGCCUUCUUCUACGGCUCUGAUGUCGUCCUAACCCCUUUAAACAUCGCCAGCAUCAGGAUCGGAGCUGAGUGUCUAGAGAUGGAGGGUUUGGUGGGGAUAACGGAGACCUACCUUAAUGAGGAGCUGGCCGGGGGAUCGGAGAGCUUGGGGAUCGUGCUCCGGUCGUGCUUGGAGAUGAUCCCCAAUGCGGCGGCGGUGGCGAUCGCCGGGAGAUGCGUGGAGGCGCUGGCAUCGGAAGAAGGCGGCGGCGGCGGAGGAGGAGAUGGGAUUUGGAUCGAGGGUUUGGUGGGUUUGAAGGCAGAGGAGCUCCUUUCAAUCGCGGGGACGAUGCGCGCGAGGGUUUCUCAGAGUCACGACGUCUUAUAUAGAAUCGUGAAUCAUUACCUCCAGAAGCACAAUGCAAAGCUAUCAGAAGAAGAGAAGAACAGAAUAUGCAACAUAGUGGACUGCACCAAGCUCUCACACAGCCACCUUCUUGACCUGGUUCAGAACCCAAACAUGCCACUCCGGUUCAUCGUCCAAGCCAUGCUCAUUGAUCAGCUUUACACACGGCAAGCCUUGUGUCACCGGAAACACAUUAAUUCUCCUAAUAAAACCAACAUGAAUAUGAGUCUUGGAGAGAUACUAAAGCGUGACGCUGCUCUCCGGCAAGCGGCCAACAUCAAGAAGUCAAUGGAGGAUACUAGCUUUCGUUUGGAGAGUUUGGAGCGUGAGUUGGCUGGACUUAGACGGAGAUUGAGAUGGCCGGAGGAGAGGUCGGAGAGUUUUAGUAUUUUGAGAUAUGAGGAGGAGGAGGUGGUGGUUGGGUCGCCGGAGAGAGGGUGGAAAAGGAGGGAGAGGAAUGGGAAUGGAUUAGGAAGAAGGUUGUUGUAUGGAUUAAGGAAAGUUUUCCGGCCGGUGUUGGGAAGGGAGGAGGAUGGCCGGAGAUGGAGUUGUAAGGGUGGUGAAGAGAUGGUUGUGGUUUUGGAGAGAGGUGGUGGUGGGCAUAGGAGGAAUAGCUCUUUUUCUUGACAUUUUAAUAUUUUUUUUUAAAUAAUUCAGUGUGUAGAAUGGAGACUGUUUUUUUUUUAGGUGGGACUUGUGAGGUUGUUUAUUGGUUUUAUGACUUUGUUAGGUGUGUUUGUGAA